UUGGUGCGGAGAAUGGCAAGUCUCACGGAUGAUGCAGACUACGAUGGCGGCGAAACGUUUGAGAAUGUACCGAUUACACUGUCUGAUGUUGGGAAUCAUGACAACUACUAUGGCAGACGACUUCGGACUAGAAGACGCGAUUCCAGCUCUGAUGGUGUCCAUCAUGUGAUGGACUGCCAAACUGCUGCACUACAUCGAGGACUGGCCAUCGUUUUCUGGCGAGAUCAACACACGAAUCUCUGCUUCAAGCAGUUUCAUACAAAAUGA